AUGCAAUUAAAUUCAAAACAUGUAAAAAAAAAUCCACUCAUUUUCGUGUCUAUUAUUAUGGCUGUGGUAGGCUGGUUCGUUAUGUUUAUUGGUGCCUGUGUUAUUGGAAGAGCAGGCUUACUUUGGUGGAUUGUUAUUUAUGAACUAUUGCUAGUAGGCAGUAUUUUAUUCAGUAUCUUUAGACAAGUAUUCCACCAUUAUCAGACAACAUUUUUGAUUUUCUUGGGUGUAAGUAUAUCACUUUUAACAACAACAAUCAAUGGGCUUUUGAGUUACAGUACAGGUGGAAGUCAAGCAUCUGGUGCAGGUGCUGUCAUUUUGAUUGUGAUGCAGUUCUUCUGGGUGAUUCUGUUUUCUUGUGCAGAAGAGUCGGUUGUGUAUCAAUUUAUUUAUUCU